GCCGCCAUGAGAGACGAGUCAGAGAGGAAAUCAUUAAAAGAGGAAAAAUAGAGAUUUUUUUUUUAAUAAAGUAGACUUUUUCUUUCUUCGUCAAGUGGAUGGCUUCGUGGUCUUGCAAUCUCUAUCUCGUAUUUACUUCUCUGGCUCUUGUUUGCGCUGCUACUGUAGUUGUUCGCCAACAACGCUCGGCCUUCAGCGCUUGCAGAAGCAGCUAGGGUUUCUUGGGAAGCGUUCGGGCUUUAACUUCGCGUUUCCUGACCCGGCGUUCGGCCACGGAAGCUAGGGUUUCUGCCAUUUUUCCAUUAGGGGGAAGCUUUGGAAGCGAGAGCUUGUUUUCUUGGAAGGAGAGACGUGUUCUCUGGAGUGUAGUAGGUUAUCUUUCGUUCAACCACUCUUUCCGAACUUGUUCUGGCGUUGGGCUCCUUUUCUGGUAAUGAGGUUUGGCGUUUCCGGGUGCAUUAAAGGGAAGAGGUAGGGAAAAGGCUGGGAUUUUUCUUGCUUUCGCGGAAGCGGAUGGGGGGAAAUGACCUUUGAGUCCGGCUUUUCUCCAUGGGGCCUCAGCUUUUCCGUAACUCGUACCCAAUCCCACGCCAGCGUCCCCUUCUUUGGCUUUUGUUGGUUUCUUGAGCGAGCCAUUGGAGUUGUCUAGGGCAUAGGGGUUUCUCUCUGAGCUCUCUUGAUCCAAGGUUCUCCUUCUCCCUGCUUUGCUCUUCUCCUGAGGCCGGAAAGUUCGAAUUUUGAUAGCGUUCUGGUGGAGAAGACCGAAAAGCUUGAAGUUUUAUAGUAUUUUCUAGGGCUUUCCUGUAGUAUUUUCCUUGUGCUUAGGGUUUGGGAGUGAGGCGGAGGUCUCGAGUCAGUUGCAUGGAUGGGAGAGAAGGGAUGGCAAUGUCCGGGCCGGCGCCCUACUACAUGCAGAGAGGGAUAGGAGGUCCGGUCGCCGGUUCGCAGCAUCCGGGGCUGCAUGGGCCGCCGCCGGGGAUCCGGUCGAUGCCGAACCCCGGCUCGAGCCUGGCCGCGCAGUCCUCCGGCAUGGGGCCCGGCGGGGGACCGAUCGGGUCGGCGGCGUUUCAGGUAGAGUCCUCGCCGGCGAUCUCUCCCCAAGGUGGCGGCGGCAUGGGCGGCGGGGGGCAUGCGGGAGUGGGCUCGGGGGAGCCCAUGAAGAGGAAGCGGGGGAGGCCUCGGAAGUACGGGCCGGACGGGACUAUGGCGCUGGCUCUGUCUCCCAUCUCCUCUGCGACGCCCCCAGGGUCGGGGAUGGGGUCGGGCUCGGGCUCGGCUGCUCCUACUCAAAAGCGGGGUAGAGGCCGGCCACCGGGCACUGGGAGGAAGCAGCAGUUGGCUUCGCUCGGGGAAUGGGUUGCUGGGUCAGCUGGCAUGGGUUUUACACCACACAUUAUAACAAUUGCUGUAGGAGAGGACAUAGCAUCCAAAAUAAUGUCCUUUUCACAACAGGGACCGCGUGCUGUCUGUAUCCUCUCGGCUAAUGGUGCUGUCUCUACAGUGACCCUUCGCCAGCCAGCAACUUCUGGUGGCACUGUCACUUAUGAGGGCCGCUUUGAAAUACUUUGCUUGUCGGGAUCCUAUAUGUUGACUGAUGAUGGAGGAUCCCGUAGCCGGAGUGGUGGUUUAAGCAUAUCUCUUUCUAGCCCCGAUGGUCGUGUGAUUGGUGGUGGUGUUGGGGGAUUGCUUAUUGCUGCAACUCCUGUGCAGGUAAUAGUGGGGAGCUUUAUUUAUGGCGGGUCGAAAGCGAAAAGCAAAGCCAAGACCAGCCAACAACCAGGUGCUGAAUCCGAUCAUCCAGUAGGGGAUAAACAAGGCACACCAUCUGGUGCACCUCCCAGCCAAAAUCUCACCCCUUCUGUCCUGGGUGGAUGGCCUGGUUCAAGGCAAAUGGACAUCAGGAAUGCUCACAUCGACAUUGACUUGACCUGCGGGUAGCUCAUGCUGGCUAUUUAUACUUCGAUGGGUGGUGUGUGUAUAUGUGGCGUUUGUAGGAUGAUUGGGGAGCCUUGGGGAAGACUAGCAAUAUUUUGCGAGCCUUGCUGAACUCGCAUUUUAUUCCUGCUUAAUCUCAAUUCGUACUAACUUCAUUUUGCAGAAGAUAUCAACCAUUUAAAUGCCUCUUGUGAAAAUUUUUUUGGUUUCCACCAAUUGUCAUACUUAGCAUUAUAUGGCGUCAAGUAUUGCCUGUACAUUGCUGGUAUGCCAUCUUUACUGUGCUGUUUCUUUGCUGUUGUCUCAGGCGUCAGGAAAUUUUUGAGAUCACCAACUUGUUAUGUUGGGUCUUUUCAGUUUUAAUGUUGCCUGUAAUCAAUUUGAGUGCAUCUCCAGUCAAAUUACCAGUCAAGCUGCCUUUAAUGUGCAAUGUUCAGGGCAUGCUGCCAAUUUAUCUUUAAUCGUUUUGACUGGAUCCAGUGGUAGUUCGAGUCGCAUGGUCUGGUCUGUCAUUGUAAUGUUGUCAAACUAUUUUUAAGUUUGGUUGUUUAUGUCAAAAUUUUCUGAUUGCAAAGGGAAACCAAUUCUCUGUUCUUUGUUCUUA